UCCUCACACCCUAAUACUUGACAUCAAAACAACCAACACUAAUGGCUGGAGACGAAGGAGACCAGUGAACGGUGACGACUUCGGUCGCCAAGAGCAGUGUUUGUGGCCUUCGGACGACGAAGACCAGCGAACAAAGCAAACACAGCUAUCUCACCUCUCCCUCCCACCGCCCAAUUUCAGAAGAUGGAUCAUUCUUGUGUUGUUGCUGGGUAAAUAGGUUGCCCUAAGUGAAAACAGGUUAAUUGGUUCGAUUCAAUCAACUCUCUCUCUCUCUCUCUCUCUCUGUUUGUGUGUUGCUCUCUCCCCAAACCAAACCAUACAAAACUAUGCCUGCAAAUCCUUCACUACUUAUCCUCAACCCAGGCAUCACCUUCCCUCUCCGCCACUUUUCUUUCUGCUGUCGUCGAACUCGCACACUCACAACUCUCGCCCUCCUAAGAACCUCUUCUUCUUCUUCUUCUUCUUCUUCUUCUUCUUAUGCCACAGCUAAGUCCAAUGAAAAUGUUCGGUUUGGGAGGACUGGCUCAAUCUCUAUUCCGCCUCCCUCAACAGUUGAUGUUGUUAAGAAAAUAGAUGUCAAUCCUCCCAAAGGCACCAGAGACUUCCCUCCUGACGAAAUGCGCCUCCGUAAUUGGCUUUUCCACAACUUCCGACAGGUUUCGCAAAUGUUUGCAUUUGAGGAGGUUGAUUUCCCAGUAUUAGAGUCAGAGGCUCUUUUUAUUCGGAAAGCUGGGGAGGAGAUCAGAGACCAGCUUUACUGUUUUGAGGAUCGAGGAAAUCGUCGAGUUGCAUUGAGGCCUGAACUUACUCCUUCUCUGGCAAGGCUUGUGAUACAGAAAGGAAAAUCUGUAUCCCUCCCAUUAAAAUGGUUUGCUGUUGGACAGUGCUGGCGAUAUGAGAGAAUGACUAGGGGGCGGCGUCGUGAGCACUACCAAUGGAAUAUGGAUAUCAUUGGUGUACCUGAUGUAACAGCUGAAGCUGAGCUUAUAUCUUCUAUUGUCACCUUUUUCAAGCGAAUUGGGAUCACAGCAUCAGAUGUUGGGUUUAAGAUUUCAAGCCGGAAGGUUUUACAAGAAGUUUUGCAGUGCUAUUCCAUCCCAGAUAAUCUGUUUGGCAAGGUUUGCAUCAUUAUAGACAAGAUUGUAGAUCUCGUCAAGAGCUUCCUUUUGCUCCGAAUAGUUCGUGGUUUUGUUGCCGGUGAUUUUUGGGUUGUCUUCUGUUCGUUUCAAGAGAUGGAAAAGAUUCCAAUUGAUGAGAUCAAGAAAGAGUUGAGGUCUGUUGAGUUGUCAGAUGAGGCUAUUGAGGAGCUCCUGCAAGUACUCUCUAUCAAGUCUUUAACAAAGUUGGAAGAGAAACUUGGAGCAGCAGGGGAAGCAGUUGCUGAUCUGAAACGACUAUUUUCACUCGCUGAAAAGUUUGGAUACUCUGAGUGGAUUCAGUUUGAUGCAUCUGUUGUCCGUGGUCUAGCAUAUUAUACUGGAACAGUAUUUGAGGGAUUUGAUAGAGAAGGGAAGCUGCGAGCCAUUUGUGGCGGUGGGCGGUAUGACCGAUUACUCUCUACUUUUGGGGGUGACGACAUUCCUGCCUGUGGCUUUGGAUUCGGUGAUGCAGUAAUUAUAGAACUGCUCAAGGAGAAAGGGCUUAUUCCAGAAAUGGGUGAGCAAGUAGAGAACAUUGUGUGCCAUCUGGAUCCUGAUCUUCAAGAUGCAGCUGCUGCUGUUGCUACCAUUCUCAGGGGAAAAGGCCAAAGUGUUGAUUUGGUGUUGGAGAACAAACCACUUAAAUGGGUGUUCAAACGGGCAGCGCGGAUAAAUGCCCGGAGGCUUGUAUUGGUGGGAAAUUCUGAGUGGCAAAAAGGUAUGGUUAGUGUAAAAAUCCUUUCAUCUGGUGAACAAUAUGAAAUUGAAGUUGACAAGCUAGAGUGACAAAAGUUAUAUAUAUAUAUAUAUAUUGUUUUAUGGUUCCCCUUUCAAGCAACUGUUGAUUUGUGGUGGGAUAAUAAUAUAUGUUUUCCCUUUUAUAUGUUUAUAUAUAUUAUCACUUGUUUUAA